AACCCCCGCGCUCUCUAUCAGCAUCUCAUUCCUGUUUCAAUAUGUCUCAAGAUGGCGGCCAAUGCAGGAUCGAUGUUUCAAUAUUGGAAGCGCUUUGACUUACAACAACUACAGAAAGAACUAGACGCCACCGCCACACAGCUUGCCAACAGACAGGACGAGAGUGAACAGUCCAGGAAGAAACUAAUCGACCUGAGCCGUGAGUUCAAGAAGAGCACACCAGAGGAUUUCCGGAAACAGGUCGCCCCUUUGCUCAAGAGCUUCCAAGGAGAGAUCGAUGCCUUGAGUAAGAGAAGUAAAGAAGCAGAGGCCGCCUUCUUGAACGUGUACAAGAAAAUAAUUGAUGUCCCAGAUCCUGUACCUGUGCUGGAGCUGGCUCAGCAGCUGCAGCUGAAGCUCCAGAGGAUGCACGACAUUGAGACGGAGAACACCAAACUCCGCGAGACACUGGAGGACUACAACAAAGAGUUUGCAGAGGUCAAAAACCAAGAGGUGACCAUUAAGGCCUUGAAGGAAAAGAUCCGAGAGUACGAGCAGUCUCUGAAGAAUCAAGCAGAGAACCUGGCCCAAGAGAAGCAGCUCCAGCUACACAACGACUAUGCAGAGAAGGAGAGGAAACUCCAGGAGAGCCAGGACUCCAUGUCCUCAAGGUUGGAAGAGGCCGAACACAAAGCCCAGUCCCUGCAGACAGCACUUGAAACGACUCAGGCCGAGCUCUUUGAUUUGAAGACCAAGUAUGACGAGGAGUCCACAGCAAAGGCCGACGAGAUUGAGAUGGUGAUGACCGACCUGGAAAGAGCCAAUCAGCGUGCAGAAGCUGCUCAACGAGAGACGGAGUCGCUGAGGGAGCAGCUGUCCUCGACUAACCUGUCCCAGCUCGGCAGUCCGGCCGAGGCCGACACCGACACGGAACAGCAGGCGGAGGCGGUGUCCCACUCAAGUCUGGAGGCGGAGCUUAGGGCCAAAGAGAGGGAGACCGCCCAGCUGGUGGAGGACGUCCAGAGACUGCAGGUCAGCCUGACCAAUCUCAGAGAGACUACCAGCUCCCAGAUCACACAGCUGGAGCAGCAGCUCAGCAGCAAGACUGCCGUCCUCAAGGAACUAGAGGAGAAACUGCAGAAACAAACUGACUAUGAGGAGGUGAAGAAGGAGUUGAGUAUCCUGAAGUCUAUGGAGUUUGGAACAUCUGACUCUGUGCAGGACUCCUCCAAACCUCUGGAGGUGCUGUUGCUGGAGAGGAACCGCAGUCUUCAAUCCGAGAGCGCCGCUCUGCGCAUUGCCAACACUGAGCUCAGCGGGUCAGCCAGGCGAAAAGGGACAGAAGUGUCCACACCGAAGGAGGAGACCAUGCCCCGCGACUCCUCUUCCUCGCCCCCUCCUCCCCCUCUCUCUCUUCCUUCCUCCUCCCAGCUCCCCCUGUCUCGCACUCACACAGACCCCCUCAACACUGCCACCACCACCACCACCACCGCCACCAGCGGCGAAACGCACCCUUUCAGUCCUACGGGCAUUGGACAGGACUUCUACUCGCCCGUUUUCCCUCUGGUGGGCGGUAAGAUGGCUUUGAACUCCCUCAUCCAGAGGCAGCUGCUUCAAACCUUCUACUCCAAAGCCUUGCAGGAGUCCUCUGGAAUCCCCAGUGGGGCUCUGCUGUUCACCCCGUUCACUCCGACCCUCAGCUCCAUCCCUACCUCCACCCCUGGCUCUGGGUCAGCGGCCAUCCCUCUGGCAGCCAGCAGCCCCCAGCCUCCUCCAGCCAGCCCAGACAUGGCUCCCGUUAAUGGGAGCAGCACCGCUGGCAGUGCCCCGUCCCCUUCACCCAGCCACUCCGACGCCACCACGGGAAGUAUUUUGGACGGGGAAGACAUGGACACGGCAGAGAUUGCCCGCCAGGUGAAAGAGCAGCUGAUAAAGCACAACAUUGGCCAGCGCGUGUUCGGCCACUACGUGCUGGGACUGUCCCAGGGCUCGGUCAGUGAGAUCCUGGCCAGGCCGAAGCCGUGGAACAAGCUAACGAUUCGGGGGAAGGAGCCUUUCCACAAGAUGAGGCAGUUCCUCGCCGAUGAGCAGAACAUCCUCGCACUGCGAAGCAUCCAGGGGCGGCAACGAGAGGGCUCAGGCCAGCCCCAGCUUAGCCGAGUGUUUCAGGAUGUUCCGAAGCGGCGAGCCCUCUCCAAUACAGCUUCACACACAGGUAACAUUACUGCCCGCGUCCGCACCCCAGAGGCUGGUUCAGAUGAGGCGAUCAAGUCCAUUCUGGAGCAGGCCAAAAGAGAGCUGCAGGUGCAGAAAGCCGACCUGUCCCACGUUCAACCCUCAUAUGCAGGACUGAAAGGAGGGGGCGGAGGGGGCGGCGGAUCAGACGAGGCUAUCCGCUCCAUCCUCGAGCAAGCUCGGCGAGAGAUGGAGGCCCAACAGACUGCACUGGAGCCCCUCCUCAAGGCCUCAUCUUCGUCUUCCUCCUCAGCAUCGCUAUCUCACAGGGACUUCCUGAACUGCUCGCUCACCGCUCCCCUUCCCCCUUACAACCCCCUGGCCCUCUCCCUCAAGAAGCCUCCAAGCUCCCUCUUGUCCUCCCCCUCAUCCCCGUCUCCAAUCCUGGACUUCAGCUCCAGCGUGAAGAGAGAGGGCAGGGCUUCUUUGGGUAUCGACAUGUCCGUUGACGGAGUUCACAGGCUGGGUCGGAGCUCUGAGGGGUCAGCCCGCUCUGGAAGCUCUGGAGGAGUUGGUUAUUGGAGAGAGCAGUGGUGGAGCAACAUGCAUACGGACCCUCGCAGGGCCAUAUCUAGCCAGACCGGAGAGGACAACUACAACCAGGAGGACUCCAAAGAGGGAAUAUUGAGUGACAGUCUGUCUCGACACAAACUUGACACAAACCGGUGGAACAAGUUGAACCAGAGGAGCAGAGAGCCAUACCUCCGCAUGCAACCGUGGCUCAAUGGAGACCAGGGGCAAAACACACACAUCCAGCAAGCUCAGAACCAAGCAGAGGGUACUCCCAAGACAUCAGCCAGCUGCAGCCCCGCUCCAGAGUCCCCCUUCAGUUCAGCUGAGGAGUCUGUCAACGGUCUCGCAGGGGAUCCUCUAGCUCCACAGUCCUCCAGUCUCAAACUGGCGUCGGAGGAUCCGUCGGGUGGGGAGUCGCAGCCCGGCACCCCGCUUCCUGUUCCUGGUCAUUCUGGUCUUAGCAUCCAGGAAAUGGUUGCAAUGUCUCCUGAGCUCGAUACUUAUGCCAUCACCAAGAAGGUUAAGGAGGUUCUGACUGAUAAUAACCUUGGCCAGCGUCUGUUUGGGGAGACUAUCCUGGGUCUGACUCAGGGUUCCGUCUCAGACCUGCUGGCCAGGCCCAAACCCUGGCACAAGCUCAGCCUGAAGGGCAGAGAGCCCUUUGUCCGCAUGCAGCUCUGGCUCCAGGACCCACACAGUGUGGAGAAACUCAUGGACAUGAAACGCCUGGAGAAAAAAGCUUACAUGAAGAGGCGGCUGAGCUCCUUGAGUGACAACCAUUCGGUGGACAUGGGCUUAGUGGGGCAGGAUUACAUCCAGGGCUCCCAGAGCCCGGGACACCAGCACCUGAAGAAGGCCAGGGUGGUGUUGGGCCCAGAGGAGAAGGAGGCCCUGAAGAGGGCCUACCAGCAGAAGCCCUAUCCCUCCCCCAAAACCAUCGAGGAGCUGGCCUCCCAGCUCAACCUGAAGACCAGUACUGUCAUCAACUGGUUCCAUAAUUACAGGUCACGUAUCCGGCGGGAGCUCUUCAUAGAGGAGAUCCAGGCAGCUGGCGGGUUGGGGCCCGGCAGCGAAGGGGGCUCCCCUUCCCUCCGCGGCUCCAAAUCAGGAGAGGGCGACAGCUGUGACGGGACGGAAUCCGAGGGCACGGUGGAGACACGCCAGGGACUGGGCAUCGGCCUGGAGGACCACAGAGGAGCAUGCAAAGACGACAUGGAGGUCGAGUCUGAGGCAGGGGGAUCUAAUAACUCCCCUGACCAGUUUGACUGCAUCACCUCAGGCUUAGUCGGGCCGGGCUCCAGCUGUGGACAGGGUGGACUGGGGCUCUUCAGCCUGACAGAGGCGUCCUCCAGUGGCUCUGCCUCUAGUACUAACAUCCCAGCCUCUGGCCCUGCCAGAAACCCCAGGGACAACAAUCUGCGCAAGAAGAAAGCAGCCAAUCUCAAUAACAUCAUCCACAGGCUGGAGAAGGCUGCCAGCAAAGAGGAUCCCUCGGAGUGGGAGUUCUAGUUCCCCCUGACCAUCCUUCAUCCCUCUUGUCUCAUAACCUCACGACCUCUAACCUUGGACCCCUCCUGCUCUGUUCCAGUUGGAGAGUGGACACAGCCAAAGUCAAGCUCAGCAGCCAUUUUUAUUACAUAGAAGCUUUCUGAAAAGAGGAAAGAAACAAAGAGUGGUUGGCAAAACCCUUAAAAAGAAGAUUUACUGAAAUCCUAGAAGAACAAAAUAAGAGAAAUUCCGUGUCUCUCUGUUGUGUUUUUUAAAAAACUGAGUUUUGUUUUUGUACUGAGAAAAGCACUUAGCCGUCCUGCUGGCCUCGGGCCCUGCUGUACCUCCCCCCUAUCACCAGCCACUGGUGCACCAGACUGGUUAGUCCUGAGCUGGGGUCUGACCCACAGCUGGGGUUGAAACCUGGACUCAGAAACACAGGCCAGGCCUGACACAGCAGCUGUCACAGUGAGAGACACUGAUGGAGUUAUAGAUGGAGACAGGAACUUUCUUACAAGAACUCUCACUUUCUUAAAGGAGAUUUUUUUCCGCUCUUCUUCUCACCUCCCAAGUGUCCACAAACCUCCCCUCACUCAGUGAGACGCCUCAUUUUUCACACUGUAGAGUGACUGUUACAAACCCUUUGCCUUUUUCACUCACUGCGUGUGUGUUUGUGUGUAUGUUAGGGAUUGUGUCAGUGUGCACCUGUUUGUGUGUGUGUGUAUAGACACACACCUAAGAGUUGUGUGUAUGUGUGUGUGUGUGUGUUCUCUUCUCAAUGGCAGCAUGUUUUCUUUUUAAUCUCACUCCUACACUCUUAAGAGGGUAGUGGAAGGCCUGCCGGCUGAGCUGCCAUGGUUACUGAUGUAAGAGAGAUGAACUUUGACCUGUUGUGUCCCAUAUCCUAUCCUGCUGACAGCCAUGUGAUGGCCAGAAGGAUUUCUAAUUCCUCACAAACACACGCACUCAUCUGAAGAGGAAGGAUGGACGGAACCCUCCUCCCGCCUCCUUAAAAAUCUUCUUUUAAGGAUGAAGGAUGAUCUCUUCAUUUUGAUAUUGCAAUUUGGUUGCCAAUAAGAGAUUGCACAGUCUAUUGACUCUAAAGAGUACAAAAUAGGGAAUUUUAGGAAUAAUUUUUGAUUAGUACAAAAUAAGGACAGAAAAUAAAAUCUUACUGUUUAAAAGAAAAAAUCACAAAAAAAAGUUGAAAUGGAAUAAUGUUGCAUUGUUGAAAUACGAUACAAUGAAUUCACGUAGUACUGUAGCUGUCUGACAUGAUGAUACGAUACAUGUCUCUUGUUGUUUUAGUUUGUGCACGUCACAGCUUUUACCCAGCACUGGACCUGCUGGGUGUGUGUGUGUGUGUCUGCACCACUGACACAUUUUCUCUAUUCACAAACUCACAUGUUUUUAUAGGCCAAAUCAGGAAGAGUGUGUUUGUGUGUGUGUGUGUGUGUAUGUGUGUGUCUGUGUCUUAUGUCUGUUUGUAUUUGCCUGCAUGUAAGUCAGGGUCGAGGUCAAUUCACUCAGAAAAACAUUUAUGAAGUAGAUUGUCGAUAAUGAAAUUCUUGACUAAGAAGAAAAUGGGUCAAAUGAAUUGCAAUGUGGAGUACUAGAUCAUACCUGUACUUUCUGCUAAUCGCUGUCAAAGUGAAUUCUCCCCAACCCUGGUAUGAGUAGGUACCACUCUCCUCUGGUCUAUCCUGUAUCCAGGGAUGUUUUGCAUUGAAUUCUACUGUAUACACUACAAAUUAUAAGGCAUAUCACCUCCUCCCCGUCCCACACAAGCCCUCAGUGCCUGUCAGCCUACUGCCUCCCCUCUGUGUGUGCGUGUGUGUGUGUGUGUGGUGUGUGCGCGCACGUUUGCAUGGAUGCAUGUACACACAUGCCUGUCGAUACAUGCGUGUGCACAAGUGCGUGCGAUUGAGUGUUCAGUCUUUCCAAUGAGUGGGGUCAUAUUUCGUAUCUACUUGCACACACUACUAGUGCACAACUGACACCCUUCUUUAAGCUGUUUGAUGCGUUACCAUUACAUUAAUCUUCUCACAAAGUAGUGUAAUACUAUGAUUUACUGUAGCUUGGUUUUAUUGCUAUUUUGCAUUUAUAGUUUGGUUUUUAUUCUGCUUAUUUAUAGGUGCUGUAUUUUUCAUUUAAUGUCUUAUCAUUUGAGUUGUCUAUUUUUUAAGGGAUUAUACUGUUCCUGAGGGCAAGUAACAUUUUUAUUAGACGUAUAGACUGCCGGCAGUAUUGGUUAUUAUUUACAAAGAUGUACUAGUUCUCAUUUGUUUGUAUAUUCAUGAAUCCUAAAGUUUAGUGUCAUUUCAAUAGCUUUGACAAAAAUGUGUUGGCUACAGUUCAUGCUCCCGUAAGCAUUAAGCUUUCACCACAACAGUUAUGCUCUUUACUUGCUUGCUAGAGAAUCAAAGUACAUAUCAAGAUCAGCCAACAUAUGAUAGCAUAUCUCUUUUCCUGUUUUCUGUCUCCCGAUGAUGUUUUUCCGGCUCUUUCCUGGGCAAGCCCAACACUAACGCCGGGCGGGACAUUCGGCCUUCUUUAGGUAAAGGUCGCCCCCUCGGUAAUCACAUUAACACAAUUUACUCUUUGUCGAAUAGGUCAAAUGAAAUUACCUAAACUUGAAAACACAGGUUAACUUGAAAGAGGUCAUAUCUGCCAAAUUGAGAUUAGAGAAGUGUACCAGCUAGCAGAGGUGCUACGUCAGAUCAGAACAGAUCGCCAGCCUAUGAUUAUGCAGAAUCUAUAUUGCAGUCCGUAACAAAGCACUUACUAGGAUCCUUGGGAUAUGGUCAGUAAACACUACAACAGAGGACGAUCCUGGGAAACGUAUUAAAGUGGUUGUGAACCAAGCACAGACUCUUCUCUUCACCCCAACACUAGUUAAAUCAUCAGAUAGUUGUACCCGUGUUUUCUGCAUUAUGUACUGUAUUUUUAUACAGUAGCCCCUUAGUUCCUCCUGUACAGCUGUAGAUAUUAUGAGCAAACACCUGUUUUGGUUUCCAUCCCAAAGUCUCCUCAGUCCACCCUUGAGCCUCCCCUCUCCCUCAAUGUACUUCCAGAUGUAUUCACAAGCCUGUCAAAAUAACUGAUAACCUCGUUGCGCUGCAUUAAGAUGCUCUGUUUCAAAUUGGAUUUUCUAGUGUAUCGAGUAAUUGUACAACUCCUCAAACAUUGGCGCUUCCUGUGGUCGACUGAUGUGAAACAUCCGUCUUCUGCAGAUUACCGAAGGCUCAUUGCUUUCUGUUGGACUGCUUGGACCGGACAACCACAGUGUGUUUAAUGGUGAUGAACAGCUACCGUAAAGAAUAUAAGCACUUAACCCAUUUUCCAUUUGAUAGCCAGAUCCAUCAACUCACCUAAACAAAGUGAGCUCAUCAGACGUGUGCCUGUAAACUGCCAAGCAGGGCACCAAACUAGUGAUGUUCUUUUAGAUGGAGACUUCUUUCACCACAUUCAUUCAUAAUAUGUCCCACAUCUUGACCCACAUGAAUCUCUCAUACACUUCAUAUUGGUACUUUAAAGUCAACUCUCUUCCGCUUCCUGGGGAGGGUGGUGUGUAAUUCCUGGAGUGCAGUGAAAGAGUGAAAGGAGAAAAGGAGCUUGUGUAUUCUCGCAGACACGUUCGGUCCGGUUCCCAUUUCAGACCGUUGUUUUCCCACAAUGCAUUUGUUACAUUGUACAUAACCUUAACUAGCAGCGAAGGGCCAGAGCAUUGAAUGAAGGAGGAAGCAUGCAGAAACAGCGUACACUGUAAUAACACUGAAUUUAUUCAUAGGGCAUUUUGUAUUUUUCUGUUUGUGUCAGGUUUGCUGUGACAUUAAUAAUGGCACUACAGGUAUUGUUGAUGACGUGUGCCAAUUCGAACGGUUAUUUGGAAAAGAGACUUGUAAAUACAGUCGAUCAAGUAGCUAUUGAUUCACUAUUGUCACAGUAUGCUUUUGUUUGAAGGCAGGAGGAGAGAAGGGACGAUUCAGGACUUUUCCAUGAUCCACAGAUAUUUUUCUACAAAUUUAAAUCAGAUGAUUCUAUACACUGUUGAAUAACAUUGUAAAGGUGUAACAGAUGCUGUAUAUCAUAUCAUGUUUUCUGAAGUCGUAAAGCUUUACUGUAUGAUCUGUUGAAGUAGUGGUUAUUCAUUUGACACAUUAGUUGUAAUGGAAGCCUGAACAGCAGCACUGGUCACCAUAUUCAGGAAAAAAAGAAAGAAAGAAAGGAAAACCUCAGAUGUUUUUUGUAAUACUUUUAGAAUAUAUCCUAUGAAGUGGGUUUUGUAAAGGAACGCUUUCCGAAUCAGUGGUGCUGUAUGCAUAGCACACUCGGUAAUACAUACACACAUAAUACAGCACAACACACUCAUCCUUUAACCCCCCCCCCCCCUCCACUGUACUUGCGUGCUUUUCGUUUUUUUUUUUUUUUUUUCUUCACGCUCCCCUCACACAUUGGCUCCAGCUAAGUUAGAUUAAGUCUUAAACCCUUUCCUCUUAUUUCUUGCUUAGCGCCACCAUGUUUCACUGGCAGAGAUCACCUGUGGAGCGUUGAAACGGCUCAACGAAGGCUCACAAUACUCAAAAGAGGAAGCAAAAAAGCCAAAUAGUGAAGUAGUGAUCCACCUCUGUUGAAAGGUUGCUGACAGUUUUCUGAAUGUUGCUUCCUUGUGUCGCCGCUUCAGUUCACUUAUAGCUUAAACCACAGUAUAGUCUGACAACCAAAUGCCCCCGGGGAGAUCUUUGCCCCCCCCCCUCUCCCUUUCUCCCCCUCCUUUUGGAAAGCUUUAAGAUGCUUGUUGAGGCUUUAGCGAGUUCAGAGUUGCUUUUUAAACGAUUUCUCCGACCUUGGCUUCAACGAUGUGGAAGUAAUAAUUUUCAUAACUUCUCCCACUGCCGAUUUUGUGAGUGUGUGUGUGCGCGUACAUGUGUGUUGUAGUACAAAAGGCUGCAUGACUGUAAAGGGAUGGUUAAGAUGUUU